AUGGAAAUUAUAACAGAUAAAGCACUACCUGGUCAAACUUACCUCUAUCUCAUUAAUGAUUAUCAUGGAAAACAAAAAUAUCGAAUAGAUCCAGUUAGUUUUUCCGUAGUUUCUAAUCAAAUAACUCGACAAGUUCAAUCAGUUGUUCAUGAUAACAAUGUUUAUAUCUGGAAUGAUCAAAAUUGGAUGCAAAAACGUACUAAAUGCAAUCCAUUAAAAUUACCUCUAUCAAUUUAUGAAAUUCAACCAAAAUCAUGGAAAAGUAGUGUUUAUUGGCCAAGAAAUUAUCGUGAAAUCACGCAUGAUUUAAUUCAUUAUUGUAUUGAAAUGGGAUUUACACAUGUUGAAAUGUAUGGCAUAUUAGAACAUACAGAUCGAUGGGAAUAUGGUUAUCAAGUAUCAAAUUAUUUUGCUCCAUCUCAUUUCAAUGGUCAAUGUGAUGAUUUAAAAUAUUUAAUUGAUCAUUUACAUCAAAAUAAUAUUGGUAUUAUACUUGAUUGGGUUCCAACACAUUUUAAACAUUAUCAUUUUUUUCAUCAAUAUUCAACAUCAUUACAUGAAUAUGAUGGAACUAAUUUAUAUGCUAGUUCACCAUCACAAUGGUGGACAUUAUAUUUUGAUUUUGAUAAAGAAGAAACACGUCGAUUUUUAUUUGCAAGUGCACUUUAUUUUCUUGAUCGAUUACAUUUUGAUGGAAUUCGUUUUGAUGCAGUUAGUCAAAUGAUUCGACGAAAUCAAACAAAUAUUUCAAGUGCAAUUUCAUUCUUACGUGAACUUAAUCAUACUAUUCAUAGAUAUUAUCCAGGUGUUCUAUGUAUUGCAGAAGAUUCCGAAGGUUAUCCUAAUAUUAGUAGAGCGAUGAAUUUUCAUUUAAAAUGGAAUUUUGGUUGGAGUAAUAAUGCACGAUGGAGUGAAGAUAAAAUGAUUUGUACAGUGAGUCAUGGUGAUACAGAAACAGGUCCGUUAAAUAGUAGAAAUGUUCUUUUAAAUUGUGCUUCACAUGUUCCUAAUGAACUAGAUAAAUUUGCAGAUUUAAGAAAUUUUUUUGCAUGGCAAAUAUGUUCACUAAAUCGUGGUUAUUUAAUUCAUAUGGGCGAUGAAAUUGUUCAACCAAUGUCAUGGUUUCAACGAUGUUUUCGCGGUAAAUCAAGUAUGGAUUGGUCAUUAUCAAAUUCUUCAACACUACAUGAAGGUUAUUCAUUAAUUUAUGAAUAUGCACAGUAUUUAAUUAUUGCAUAUCAUCGAGGUAUUUCUAAUAAUCAUCGAAUUGUUGUUAUUCAUAAUUUUUCAAAUCAUGCUUAUACAUCUUAUGAUAUUCCAUUACCAAAAUCAGAUCCUAAUAUAAAACGUAUUCAAUAUGUGAAAGAAAUAUUCAAUACAAAUCAAUUAAAAUAUGGUGAAUCCGGAACUUUUCAUAAUGAACAAAUUGAGAUUAAUCGUAAUAAUAUGAUACUUACAGUUGCCCUUCCUCCUCUUUCAACAAUUAUAUUAGAUGAAACUUUGAUUUGA